AUGGGUCCAUUCUUCAAAACCUCGGCCGCAAUAGGUUGUACGGGGAAAAUUUUCCAAGUAAGUCCCCGUAGAAGCUCAAGAAUUCAUCCACCACUUCCAUAUGAGAAGAAUCGUUACCAUUCAGAUGCGUACUUGGUAAACCAUCGGGUUAACGCAAUAGCCUGCAAACCAUGUGGGGUCGGAGUGUUGAUUCCAAAUAUUGAGGUACAUGGAGUAAGAAAGAUGCAGCUUUUUACUGAGAAGCUUACAUCUUUUUCUAUUCAUGCAAAUAUGGGUUGCUCGUUAAAGGCUUGUAAUUAUUUCCAUUUUUCCCAGAAUCUGAAUUGGUUCUAUAAUUUCAGAUCUGGAUAUGCUGAACCAGGGGCGGAGCUAGGAAUUAAUGCUACGGGGGCUAAUAUUUUUGUCCCCCCCCCCCCCUUUUUUUUUUUUUUUUUGUGUAGUAGGCUUGCUGUAGCUUACAAGCUGAAAUUGCCUGGCUUAAAUGUCAAAGUACUUGAAGCUCAUGGGAGAUCUGGAGGAAAGUUACGAAGCCUUUCACAAGAUGGUUUGACAUGGGAUGAAGGGGCAAUCACAAUGACUGCAAGUGAGGAAGAAGUUGGAUUUCUGCUCGAUAAUCUUGCACUUACGAAAAAGCAGGAAUUUGUAAGGAUGCUUUUUACAUUUUUAAUGUUUUACCCUUUCUUAUGUACAAUAGGUUGGCCUUAUUCUACUUCUUGUGGUGUGACUCAAAUUCUGUUGGGUAAUUGGAGCUUUGUUGAAGUGAUCUUGGAGAGAUCAAAAUUACAUUGGAUUUGGAGUUUCGUCGGAAAAGGACUUUGGAUAAGUCAUAAGAUGGUUUUGGGACUCUUGGAAAUGGAGCUGGGCAUCCCAGCAGCAUGAUCAUGGCACCUUGGAGCCAUCAGAAGCCUUGAAAGCAGUUUUAUCCUAAAAGACAGCAUCCAGCGCCAUACAUGUAGUGCUGGAGUGCCUGCACCGCUGCUCGCUUAAUGCAAGUCUACUACUUGAGUGGCGAGCGCAGCUCGCUUACCACCAGGCUAGCGCUCGAGUGACACAUUUAUCCGGCCCAGACCCAUUUCGCAUUCUGACGCGUUUUCUUUAUCCCAACUACAACUCGAUUUUUAGGGCUCAUAUAUAAGCAGCGAUGUUUUGUAUUGAAAGAUAACAUUCAUACAACUGUUGAAAGCUUUAGAACUUGAUUGAGAGUAUUGAAAUCUUGCUUGUAAUACAUUCAUUAUGGACUCAUAGUGAAAUACUCUCAUCUGCCCGUGGUACUUUUU